AUGGAUUCAGGUGAGAGUAUCCAUCACAUGUAUUCCAGAUUUACUAGUUUAAUUAAUCAGCUUAAAGGAUUAGGAAAAACCCUUCCAUCUACGGAAUUAAAUCGAAAAAUUUUGCGUUCCCUUCCGAAAGAAUGGCUUCCAAAAAGGAUAGCCAUUGAGGAAGCAAAGGACCUUCAAAUUCUGUCGGUUGAUGAAUUAAUAGGUUCUUUGAUGAGUUAUGAACACGUCAUUCAACAAGUUGCUAGAGAUGACAAAAAGCGUGCCCGUAAUUUGGCUUUCAAAUCCCAAACUUUUGAUUGUGAUUCUGAUAGUGAAGCAAAUAUUGAUUUUGAAAAGGAGUUUUCUUUAGUUAGUAGAAAAUUCCACCAAAUGCUCAAAUAUAAAAAUGAGCAAAAGAAGCAGCGUAGAUGUGAUACUGAGAGCUUUAAUUCUUAUGAUCAUAACCAAUCAAUUUCCCAAGAUAGGCUGCUUGUACAGCAGACCAGAGUUUCAAAUGCAGGAACACAAGAAAAAGAACCUCAAGCGUGCUAUAAAUGCGGGAAGAAUGGACAUAUUCGUGCAAAAUGUCCUCGGAGUUCAAAGUCAAAAGAACGCAGGAUUGUGGCUACCUGGAGUGACUGCGAAUCCAGAUCAGAUAUUGACAAAAUCAAUGAAGAAGCAUAUAUGGCGUUCUCUAUUGAAACUGAAACAGGUACAUCCAUUACUAAUCAGGAGCUCUCCUUGAAAUCAGAUCAUAUAGAGGUGCAACCAUACGCUGAAUCAUCCAAGGUAAAUUCUAAAAAUUUCUUGUAUGUUUUGAAAAACUUAGAGGAUGAGUGUCGUAGCUUAAAAAUUAAGUGUUGUUGUCUUCAGGAAGAGGUUCGUAAAAAGGCUGCUGAUGUAGUGAACCUUACUAGAACCAUAGAAUUAAACAACAUAAAAUUUGUUGAGCUGCAACGUGAGAAUGAUGUUCUUAGAAUGGACAAGGAUCGCCUAUACAAAUUAUUAGAGCACAAAUCACUUUCUGUCUCCUCCUUUGGUAGCAAGUCAAACAUUAUUUCAACCUUCAAAGAACCUACCAAAGCUAUAAAGCACCUUGUUAGUCGACCUCAGUCCCAUUAUGCUAAGAUUUUCAGUAGAAAUCAUUCAAGCUCAAAUAUUAGCCACAAGCACAAUAGAACAAAAUAUGAUAAGAAAAGGACAACCUUCAGAUCUAGCAGUUCUCAUCAUAUUAGCUACAAUAGGGCUGGUUUAUUAAAUUGUUCUGCUUGUUUACAGCGUGGUCAUGUUAGUCAAUAUUGUUAUGUUUACUCUCGACAUUGGAAACCCAUACUCAAACAAGUUUGGGUUCGAAAGAAAACUAAUAUUUGA